GGCGCGCUCUCCCUGAGGCCGGGCUGCGGCGCAGGAGCGGCGUGGCCUGAGGUGCGGGCGCUCCUCCCGCCUUCCCGCCCCGCUCCGCCUCGGCCGCCGCUCGUCCUCGUCAGCCCCGGCAUCGGCAAGAUGGCGGCGCCCAGGCCGCCGCCCGCCGGGCUGUCCGGCAUCAUGACGCCCGCGCCCAUCCCGGACCUGGAGGCGCUCCGCGCGCUCACGGCGCUCUUCAAGGAGCAGCGGAACCGAGAAACCGCCCCCAGGACCAUCUUCCCGAGAGUCCUGGACAUCCUGAAGCGGUCGGCGCGCGCCGUGGAGCUGGCCUGCGGGGAGCCGCCCCGCGUGGAGCACCUGGCCUCCAGCCUGCAGCUCAUCACCGAGUGCUUCCGCUGCCUGCGCAACGCCUGCAUUGAGUGCUCCGCCAACCAGGACGCCAUCCGGAACUUGGAUACAAUCGGCAUUGCUGUUGACUUGAUUCUUCUUUUUCGGGAACUCCGAGUGGAACAGGAGGCCCUGCUGACAGCUUUCCGCUGUGGCCUGCAGUUCUUAGGCAACAUUGCCUCACGGAAUGAAGCGUCCCAGGCCAUCGUGUGGGUGCAUGCUUUCCCGGAACUCUUCCUGUCUUGCUUAAAUCAUCCAGACAAAAAAAUUGUUGCCUACUGUUCAAUGAUUUUGUUCACAUCCCUUAAUUCUGAAAGAAUGAAAGAACUGGAAGAAAACCUCAAUAUUGCAAUCGAUGUCAUAGAAAUUCACCAAAAGCAGCCUGAAUCAGAAUGGCCGUUCUUGAUUAUUACAGACCAUUUUCUGAAAAGUCCGGAAUUGGUGAGAGCCAUGUAUGCCAAAAUGAGCAAUCAAGAAAGGGUCACCCUCUUGGACGUCCUAAUAGCCAAACUGGCGGGCGAGGAGCCUCUGACCAAGGAUGACACGACUGCGCUGCUGGGCCACGCCGAGCUCGUGGCCAGCACCUUCGUGGACCAGUGCCGGGUGGUGCUGAAGCUGACUGACGGGCAGCAUGACGACGACGAGGCCCUCGCUACAAUCCGGCUCCUUGACGUCCUGUGUGAGAUGACGGCCAACACCGAUCUGCUUGGCUACCUGCAGGGCUACCCCGGCUUGCUGGACAGAGCCGUUGAUCUUUUACGGUUGAUCCACGUAACUGCCAAUGACACCACCAACAUCUUCAGCACCUGUGCCAGCAUCAGAGCGGACGGGGACGUCGCCAACAUGGUUGAGGGCUUUCGGUCUCAUCUCAUCCGUCUGAUCGGAAACAUGUGUUACAAGAACAAAGAUAACCAAGACAAGGUCAACGAGCUGGACGCCAUCCCCCUGAUCCUGGACAGCUGCCGCCCGGACGACAGCAACCCCUUCCUGACGCAGUGGGUGGUGUACGCCAUCCGGAACCUCACCGAGGACCACAGCCAGAACCAGGACCUCAUCGCCAAGAUGGAGGAGCAGGGCCUGGCCGACACGUCCCUGCUGAAGAAGAUGGGGUUCGAAGUGGAGAAGAGCGGUGACAAGCUGGUUCUGAAAGCCACCAGCACCCCCCCGCCGUGACGGCCUCCCCGGAGCCUGGCGUCCGGAAAGUGCAGUGUGUGAAGACUCGGCCCGAUUCAGGAGCUCGUCAUGCUUAGAUCUAGCGUUCAUGUGUUUCUGUGUCAACGUGAGAGUACAUGCGUGUUCUGUUGUUUCUGUGCUUUAAGCCCUAGCGUCCGCCGCCCGUCCCCUGGCCACGGGCACUCGGGCUCCGUGAGGCCGCCGGGGGGAGGCGCGGGCUGGGGUCCCGUUUGCCCCCUUUGUUCCCCCGCGGGUCUCCCGAGCCCGGCAGCUGGCAGCGCUCACCGAUCCAUUCCCGCCGCUUCUCUCCCUUCCGCCCCUCCAAGCACGGACAAGACCGUUUCCAGCUAAUUAAUUCGAGAGAUGCUGAAGAGAGCCCCGCGCCCUCCCUCUGCGCCGGCACCGCGCUGCCCUCGGAAUUCCGCGGGAGCCGAGAGGCCGUUAACUCUUCCGGCUCCGGACGUCCCGGAACAGGCUCCUCGGGCCCGUGUGGAGCCCUGCUGGCUCGCCGGCCGGCCCGUGGUGCCCGGGGCGGUCUGCGUCCGGGACGGCUGUCCUCCGGGAGCCCGGUCUCCGAUGGCGACUUGACCCGGACCUGUCUGUCCGUCCGCUUUACCUUCUCUGUCUUCUUCGUAGAGUAGAACUGGGUGAGUGAGCACCAGUCUGAGGCCGUCGGGACCUCUGCUGGGAGGUCAUGGCCGUGUGGGAAGCUCACCCCACCAGCCUGAUCCCAGUCAGACCCCCAGAGCGCCUGCACAGCCUGAGGGGCCUUCCAGUCAGAGCAGCAGAGCCAGCAGACGCCCAGCCACGCUGUCCCGAAGUCCGCGCCUCCGCACCCUCUGUCCCGCCCUGACGCUUUGUAAGCAGCCUGAGCAUGAAUAAAGGCUGUCCGCUGUG